UGGCUUGCGAACACUGCAACCUUUUUUCUUCUUUGGCUGUAAACAAGAAAAAAAAUGAAAAUUUUAAUUACAUUUUUGGAUGCUUUGCUUGCUGAAUUUGUUGUUAAGUUAGAUUCUUUGCUUGUCUCUGAUGGCGUGACUUGUUUUUGAUGGUUUUGCAUUCUCUCUUUUCAUAUUUUUUUGGAUUAGUGGUUCUUCUGUUUUGCUUUUUCCUUGCCUCUUGAAGUUGUGAGGUCGUUGCGACUAUUAUGGAAUACGGUGAAGGCAUUCCUGGUGACGGAAGAUGUCUGUUCCGUUCGGUAGUUCAUGGUGCUUGGCUGAGGGCAGGGAAGCAGUCUCCUAGUGAGAGCCUUCAGAAAGAACUUGCAGAUGAGCUCAGAGCUAAAGUUGCAGAUGAAUUCAUCAAGAGGAGGGCUGAUACUGAAUGGUUUGUUGAGGGUGAUUUUGACAACUAUGUUGUGCAGAUGAGGCAGCCUCAUAUUUGGGGAGGAGAACCUGAGCUGCUCAUGUGCUCACAUGUCCUACAGAUGCCAAUAACAGUUUACAUGAGGGAGAAGAGUUCUGGUAUCCUCAAAAUUAUAUCUGAGUAUGGUCAAGAGUAUGGUAAGGAAAACCCUAUUGGAGUUCUGUAUCAUGGUUAUGGACACUAUGAUGUAUUGCGCAGUCCAGUAAGCAGUGCCUCUUCUAAACUGCGGAAGAGAAGAUGAUUGGGGAUGGUUGCACUGUGAACCUGGCGUUGCUGGGAAUUCUGUACUGUAAUGCCUUUGUGAACGUAAUGAUAUCCCUUUAGUUUUUAAGGGUAAAUUAGUCAUUCAUGGAUUUGAAAUAAUGUUGUAAAUUUGAUGAAGUGAUAUAGAUCAAUUAUCCUUGACCUUGCCCAUAAAAGGUAGAGAGAAAUGGUAGAGGUGCAAGAUUAAACUUUUAAAAGGAAUUUAUUGUUAAUGUUUAACAUAAUACUUUGCUCUUUUAUUAUGCGACGUGGCAACGUUUUAUUGGUGAAGAAAGAGGGGGCACGAAAUCGGGGCAGGAGAUUGUCGAGUCUUCAGAUUGUCAUCAUUCCCUCAUCGAGCUGGAUGCUAACAAUUUAUGUGUGGACUAUGCUUUCACAUCAUGACAUGAUGACAAAAAAAAAUGGUUUCCAC